CAGCCCGGGUGACAGCAGACGCUGCUCGCCGUCGUCCGGGUGCUCUCCUCGGGAUACUCUUUGCUCCACUCCCCCCCGCCCCUCUCUCUUUUUUGUUGGAGCAGCCUGGGCGAGGAGGAGUACAACUAUGCUUUUGUCUCCGACCUCCACUCCCGGGAAUAUGAGGCGGUCCAAAAUGAGGACGGCCACAUUUUGACUCAUCUAUUUGUACGCCCCUCAAAGCGGGAAGCGGAGCAGCUCUCCGGGCUGCCAGGUUGCUCGGACACCCGGCGCCUAAGGACCUUUCGGCGCCAUGGCUGGACUCAUUAAAAAGCAGAUCUUGAAGCAUCUGUCCAGGUUUGCCAAGAACCUUUCCCCCGACAAGAUCAACCUGAGCACGCUGAAGGGGGAGGGCCAGCUCACCAACCUGGAGCUGGAUGAAGAAGUGCUGCAGAGUCUGCUGGACCUGCCCACCUGGCUGGCCAUCAGCCGUGUGUGCUGCAACAAGGCCACCAUCAGGAUCCCCUGGACCAAAUUAAAGAAUCACCCCAUCUCUCUAACUCUUGACAAAGUGGAAAUGGAAAUGAGCACCUGCGAUGAGCCCCGCCCCCCCAACGGCCCCUCUCCUAUAGCGACAGCCUCAGGUCAAAGUGAGUACGGCUUUGCUGAAAAGGUGGUGGAGGGGAUGUCCCUCUCCAUCAACUCCAUCGUGAUCCGCAUCAGCGCCAAGGCCUUCAACGCCUCCUUCGAGCUCUCCCAGCUGCAGGUCUACAGCGUCAACAACAGCUGGAGCAUCAGCGACCUGCGCUCCACCCGUAUUCAGGACCCUCAAAAAGGCGAGAUCCUCACCUUCAAGGAGAUCAGCUGGCAGAUGAUCCGCAUCGAGGCCGACGCCAUUCACAGCGCCGAGCACGAGAUGCUGAGCGCCCCUAUCCGCCUCAUCACCAACCAGUCCAAGAUCAGAGUCACUCUCAAGCGACGGCUCAAGGAUUGUAACGUGGUGGCCUCCAAGCUGGUUCUGAUCCUGGACGACCUGCUGUGGGUGCUGACCGACUCCCAGCUGAAAGCUAUGGUGCAGUACGCCAAGUCCCUCAGCGAGGCUAUGGAGAAGUCGACGCAGCAGAGGAAGAGCAUGGCGACAGAAGACCAGGUGUCGUCCGCCCCACCUUCAUCCCAGCAGGUCCGCAUGCAGCAAACGUCCACGGCCGCCGACCAGAGCGCCACCAUGGCCAAGCUGUUCAGCGACAACGACGUGUGCGAAACGUCACACCACCUGCAGAUCAUGCACCUGGAUCUACACAUCUGCGACGACAUCCACGCCGCGGACAAAGUGAUCAAUAAAAGGAUCACUGGUGGAGCCAUGCAGCUCUCAUUCAGCUCCAUCACUCUGGACUACUACCCAUUCCACAAAGCAGGUGACAGCUGCGCCCACUGGAUGCACUACAGCGAGGCCACUAAAACCAGAGAUGGUUGGGUACGGAGCCUCCUGGAUGAGUUUAAGUCCAAUGUGGAGAUGCUAAAGAGUGCGGUGCGGAAUCAGCAGGGAGUGGCUCCGGCGCACAGCUCACCUGGGAAAAUCAACACCUCCUCCAGCACAACUUUCAGUGCUCCUCCUGAGAGCUCCAAGGCCCAGCUCAUGUCCAGCUCCGUUGUCCUCAGGAUGGCGGAUUUCAGCAUUUACCAGGUGUCCACAGCAGACCAGCGUCGAUCCAGUCCCAAGACCAUGAUCUCCUGCAAUAAGAAGUCUUUGUACCUUCCUUCUGAGAUGCCGGCCAUCCAUGUGGAGUUUACAGAGUACUAUUACCCCGAUGGAAAAGACUAUCCGAUCCCUUGUCCCAACCUUUACGCCCAACUGAACGCCCUGCAGCUGGUCCUGGAUCCUCGCAGUCUGGUGUGGCUCAACCUUUUCGCCCUGGACCUCAGGCAGAGUCUGGAGCAGUUCAUGGAUAUCUACAAGCUCAACGACUCGCAGAAGCCUGACGAACACGUUGACAUCAAGGUGGACGGCCUCAUGCUGAAGCUGGUGAUCCCUGCCGAUCGAGACCCUUCCUGCCCGCCCAACCUGCCUCGCUCCAUCUCUGUGCAGACGUCAGAGAUGGUGGCCACCAACACACGGCACCCGGCCAACUGCACCCGCGCCCACCUGGAGGCCCUUCUGCAAGCCUUCCAGGAGGAGCCCUUCUUCUCGUCCUCGUUCGUCUCGUUCCCUCGAUCAUCCUCGUCCCUGCCGCUCCUUCACCCCAUUUUCCACUACCACGCCCACGAGCAGGACACCAGGCUGCACGACAUCUACCGGGGCCUGGUGGUGCCCACCAUGGAGGCGGACGCCCUCAAGAUGCCAGCCGCCGCUGACUUUUGGGCAUUGCACUUUGCACAAUUCUGGGUGGACUAUGAGGGUACCCACAGUGGGAAGGGGCGACCGCAGCCUUUUGUGGACUCCUUCCCUCUUACCGUGUGGGCAUGUCAGCCCGCAAAGCUCCUCCAGCAUCAGGAGAAGCUGAAAUCAAACAUGUCCCGAAGCACUUCUGUGGAGACUGCUGGCCGCCUGCAGCGGAAGCGCCUCUUGAAGGAGUACUACAGCACGGACAGCGCACCCACGCCAUCUCACUGCCCGGCGCCCAGCAACGGACUCCAUAAGCCGCAGUCAGUGGACAGCUUGCCUUCCUCGUCCUCGCCAAGCAAAAAUGCAGAUGUGCAAGUGCUGGUGUACGUUCAGAAGCAUUUAAGUGCUCAGGUGAGCCAUCGGCAGUACGUGUUCCUGAUGCGUCUCCAGCGCAGCAUCAAAGCCCUGCAGAAGACCCUGCAGCAGGACCUGGAGGAGAUGGGCUCCAAAAGAGACCGCAAGGCUCCGACGCCACAUCCCGCAGACCACCAGCCCUUCACCGCUUGUCUGGGCCUCCUGCUCAAAAGCGCUGAGGUCUCCCUCCUCUUAAAGCCUGUCCCCCAGCCAGAAGGCUCACAGUCUCCUUUGGGGUCCGAGCUGUCCCCUGCGGAGAGCAGAGGCACCUUGGAGCCGGGGAGCGACAACAACAACGCCGCCACCCAUGGCCGGCACGAGGGAGCAGCCAAAGCCUCCUCCAUUGUGGACCAGCUGUUGUGUGCCGACGGCACCGACGAUAGCAGAAUGCAGACAGGACAGGAGCCACUAGUCCCCAUGUCGGCUGCGCGCACGGACACAGAUCACAAGUCCUCGCUGGAGGAGAGGACUUCUGGGAGGUGCAGUUCAGAUGAAGGUGGAGAAAUGUUUUUUGACGACAAGACAGGCACAAGCGACCCUCUUUGUGAGGACAAAGCCGCCGCCAAGAUGCCACAGUCGACAUCCAGGAAAGGAAGUUUGUCUGUCGUUUCUGAUCUUCUCAGCUCCUCAUCUACCGGCAGAUCCACCUCCCUUUAUUCCAUGUCCAACAUUGGACGCCUGAUGCGGGACCGAUCCCAGUCCAGUUUCUCGGUGUCCUACAAAAACAUGAAGAAGAGUCCGUCCCUGCAGUCGCUGGACAACAUUUCAAUAGACAGCUGCCUGCUGGAGGACGGGGACACCUUCAGCCUGAUGGAAAGAGAUGACAUGUCCAUCUCAGGAUUUAAGGCCACUGUCAGCGAGCAGAGCACCGCCGACAGCGCGCCUGUCCCAGAGCAGGAAGACGCUGUGUCACCGGACAGUGUUAGCGCAACGUCGCAAAGCAUCGACGAACCCUCUAAAGACAUUGUGUCUGUGCUGGUGCUAAAGGUGCACUCGGUGUGCGCGGGCAUGGAGGCAGUGGGCGAGAGCUCCGCCCUGGCUCUGGAGGUGGACAAAGUGACGCCCAGCCAGCUGGGCAACGUCAGCCUCAGACAAUACCUCAGCAGCCGCAGCCUGGGUGCGGUGUGUUCAAUGCCUGCUCAGAGCAGUCAAGUGGCUGCCGACGUCAAGUCCCCGUCAGUGCUGGGCCGCCAUCGCCCACAGGUGCGCGCCCGGUUGGAGAGCGGUCCGCGCGCCGCCGCCCACUCGCCGCUGGCCGAGCGCAACGGCUUCCUGCAGCUGCGUGUGAACGGGUACCGGGCGAGCCUCCUGAUGUCCACGCUGCGCAACCUGGCCCAGUUCCUGGAGGACGACUCGGCGCCGCAAGUGCUGCCCAUGGAGAUCAGCGUCACGGACGCCUGUGUCGACUUGAAGGACGACGGUCCGCGCGACAACCCCUCCGACCCCGAGCCGUCGCCCGUCAAGCUGCACGUGGACACGCUGGUCAUCCACAGAAGAGACGACGGCGCCUUCUACAUCGGAGCGGAGGCCAAGCACCGGAGCCCGAGUGAGGACAGCGCGCAGUGUUCGGUUCCUGAGGCUGCUGCAAAUGGAACACUGAGCCAAACUCCGUCCGCUAGCCCUCGUCCAUCCACGCGUGAAAACAUGCUAACGGAGGAGAACGACUGCUUGAAGAUGGAGUUGUCCCUAGCCAAGAUGGUGUUGGCUGAAGUUCAAAUGGAAAGAGACUCACUGCUCCACCAAAUUAAGAGCCUCAAUGGCACAAACACCAGCUAGCUAAGAGCUGGGAGCGGGAUUGUAAUUAUUAAUAAAGCAAUGCAGUGCAGGCUGGGGGGAAAAAACCCAUUUUUUUACUCUAAAAAGUGAUGGGGACUUAAAGUUGCGGCCUCUCUUCUAACGACGAACAACAAGGAAUCAAACGGAAUCUUGAAUGUCACAUCUUCCUAGGAAUGAUCAGUUUUGCACUCUCAAACCUGAGACGCUGUGUGCUCUUCAUAGUGUGUACUAGAAUGUGAACACGGAGCUAUUUUGUGGUUCUGCAGUGUUUCUGUUGAAUGUGUGUGUGUGUGUGUGUGUGUGUGUGUCGGCAAGAACAAGCAUUCCAAGAGGAAUUUCUACAAAAUCGGUUUCAGCAAGUAAAAAAAACAAAACAUUUCUACGUAGGUAAUAACAAGCUUCUAAUGUGUCCUGUGCAGCACUUUGUGAUACGGCGAGAGAAAGGAGACUUACGCAGGUGUACGCUGAAGCUCCACCCUUUUCAUUCGUCCUUGUGGCGGCUGUCUAAAGCCUUCAGCUGUUCAAACGCCAAAACGUUUUUGUCCGUCAAAGCUGCUGAAAUAAUAAUAAAAAUGAUCUAAUUUAAACAAA